AUGCCUACAUAUUUAGGAGUUGAUGAUUUUAACCAUUCUCAUUUUCCUUGCUCAUUUCCUACACAACCCUCAAACAAGUCAAUAGGGAUGGGCUCUCACCAUCAACCACUCCAUGCAUGUCCCCUGAAUGAGAUAGUGGGGAUGGGUUGACACUACUAACACCAACUAUAAAAAUGAGUACCACAUGCAUGCAUAUUCGUUUAAUCUUUUUGUCUAUUGCCAUCCUUCUAUUUUCUUUUCUUUUUUUAUGUGAUUCAUGAGUAUGCUUUUCAAAGAUUAGAUCAGCCAAAGUUAUUUUGUUUCAUCAGCCUAUUCUGAUUACAUUACUCAUAUUUCUAUAGCAACAACACCACCCACACAUCAGUCAGCCACAAACUACAGUAACUUUGUGGCUGCCCAUAGCUCUACUGCCGCCCAUGUGCCAAGUGCGCGGCCACCUGCAAGCCUUGAUGAGAGUUAGGGACAUGAACCAAAACAAAAGUGAGGAGGCCCUCUUGCAAUGGCUGGACUAG